UCGAACGCCGGCGGCUUGUUCGUGCUGCUGAUUCUAUUGUUGUUAUAGGUGCCGCGGUCGCAAAUUUAUCGCCGUGUCGUAUUAUAGCUGUUGUUGUGCGUUAAACAGGAAUGACCAGUGUGUAAUUUGUGUCAUCUUUAAACCAAACGAAACUCGAAUAUGAGCCGUCGGAGGUCAUAUGAAGAUGAUGAUGACGAUGAUCUUCGCUACAGAAAGCGAAGGCGCGUUGUGUCAGAACCUCGUGAAAUUGAAAACAAACUCGAGUCAUUAAUUUUGCGAGUUGGCGAAAAGAGUACUUCUUCGCUAGAGUCCAACUUGGAACAAUUAUCGGGAGUUUUAUUCUCGGAUUUAUCCAGUUUCAAGGCCAAUGUUUUGAAAAUUCUCGUCGAUUGUGCACAGAAGAUGCCUGAAAAGACGUCAAUCUACUCAACACUAGUUGGAUUAUUGAACGCCAAAAGCUAUUCCUUUGGUGGUGAGCUCGUUGAAACAUUAGUGCGAGCCCUUAAAGAGGCGCUUAGGGCUGCUGAAUGGGACACAGCCCGUAAUUGUGUCCGCUUCUUAGCUGACCUCGUUAACUGUAAGGUCGUCGAUAUUGCAUCCCUUGUCACCCUAUUGGAGAACUUUAUCUCGGUCACAGCUGAAGAGAAUACCCCACAGGUUCGUUCGGACUGGUACGUAUUGUGCGUGCUUUCAUGUUUACCGCUUGUGGGACGGGAACUCCAUGAAAGAAGAGAACAGGAACUCGAUCGGUUAUUGCGCCUUAUUGAUGCCUACAUCUCGCGAAGGAGUAAAACUCACGUUCCUGCGCUUAUGGUUUGGAGUUCGGACAGCCCUCACAUGCAAGAAGAGUACUUGGAUUGUCUUUGGUCCGCCAUUUGCAAGAUGCGCAGUGAUAAAUGGGCAGAAAAUCAUUUGGCAAGACCGUACCUUGCUUUCGAUGGAGUCCUCUCGGAAGCACUCCAACACAGUCUCGCUACUGUGGCUCCACCACCGCACUCGCCUGAAACACACUAUCCCUUUCCUUGGGUAGUGUUUAGGCUUUUCGACUAUACCGACUGUCCGGAGGGUCCGCCACUUCCCGGUGCACACUCAAUCGAGCGCUUCCUAAUCGAAGAACACCUUCACAGGCUUAUUCGAGUGCAUCACCUCGAGCGCAAGAGUUGCGCUGCUGCUCUUCUCUCGUUUCCCGGAAAGUCCAAGGUUCCGUUCGAGUACAUGAUAACUGAAGUUAUCUUCGCAGAGCUUUUCCAGCUGCCCAACUCACCUCAAAUCGAAAUCUGCUAUGGAAGUCUACUGCUCGAGCUCUGCAAGCUUCAACCGAGCACGAUGCCACUAGUGCUCGCUCAGACAGUCGAACUACUUUAUGAACGAUUAGAGACAAUGAAUGUCAGCUGUGUGGACAGGUUCUGCAGCUGGUUUGCCUACCAUCUUUCAAAUUUCCAGUUUCGAUGGACCUGGGAGGAGUGGCUAGAUGCAGCUGCAUUGCCCCAGUUACACCCGAAACCGAUGUUUGUGCAGGGCGCCUUGGCGAAAUGCCUUCGCCUGUCGUAUCACCAGAGACUUGUUGAGAUCAUUCCAGCUGAGCUUCAGCCGUUUGUGCCUGCGGCGCCUCUACCAGUUAUCAAGUAUGGAGAACAAGCGGCCGAGGAUACUCCCGGUCUAGCUAUAUCUAAAAAAUUGGCUGAAGCCAUUCAAUCACGAUGUACAGAAGAUGAAGCUUUAGAGAUUCUUAAUGAAAUCGACAAUGCCAAAACCCAACAGCAGCUGCAGCCUGGCGGAGGACCAGAUGAAGAUGUUGCAAUGAUGGACACAACGCCGAAUUUGGGAGGCCUGAAGCCAGAACUGCUGAAAAUCGACGUAUUUGUACACACUCUAUUGGCAAUCGCGUGUAAAACAAUGUCACAUUCGUUUGCGGCCAUCGCUAAGUUCCAUUUUGUUAUGAAAAAGCUAGCGGGCCAGGACGCCCCUGAUAGGCAAGUCCAGAUUCUUUUAUCACUCUACGAAAUAUGGAAAAAUCACCCCCAGAUGAUGCAGGGUAUCAUCGACAAACUGCUCAAGACCCAAGUGAUUGAUGCAUCCGCCGUCGCUAACUGGGUUUUCUCCGAAGAACUAAAAGCCGACUUCACGAAGGCAUACCUGUGGGAGAUCCUGCACUCUACAAUUCGUAUCAAAAUCAAACAGGUUAAACGCCUACAGACAGAACUAGAUCAAGCCCGCGCGCGCCGUGACGAUCCCGAAGAAGAUGAACCCCCUCCCCCUGAGGACCUCGAGCGUGCGGAAGAACGACUUGAGACCGCCCAGGGAGAGCUGAAAAAACUUUUUCUUAUCAUACUGCAGAGAUUUAUAAUGUUGUUAACGGAACAUAUUUCGACGAAUGAGGCUGAAGGUGCGGACGUGAGGACGCCAUGGUUCAGGCUAACGCAGGGCAGGCUACUUGAAGUAUUAUUUAGGCAUCAUGAGCAUGUAGCGAACUACAUCUCAACGCUGCAAAGUCUGCUUUUUUCAUCGGAUGUUGACCCGCACAUCCUUGCUGUAUACGAACAGUUCCUUGCGCUUAGGAAUUAACAUCAGCUAAGCCUAAAUAGUGGCUCAAAAAUAACGAAUUUAAUCGAGUAGAUAGAGAGCUUCUGUGCAAACAAUAUCAUUGCGAAUGACAGAGCGGGCAGUAAUGAAGCAUGUUUUAGUACUCUGCAUAAUGCUGGCCAUCGACAAUGCACGCAUUCAUAUAAUUACCAUCGUAUAUAUGUUUACAUCAUUCAAAGUAACAACUAUUAUUGCGUAUAGUAUUAGAGUGAGGACACGGCUCUAUAAGCUAGGAGUAUCGGGAAUUAAGUGAAAAUAUGGACGUAUAAAUAAAGUAACCCAACAGUGAAGCAUUGUAGCUCACUGUUGAA